CCACUUUAGGGGAGAGGUCGACUGUGCGCAUGCGCAACAGUUGCCAUGGCACAGCCGAGUCUUGCCGAGGGAAAUGUUUCUUCAGCUUAAAAGUCAACGUCUUUUUUCUCCUGCAGUCCACGGACGUCUUAAGUAAACCACCUUUGUGCUCAUCUGUUUCCAAGUGGUGUUGUCUUGGUUGUAUGCAGCGUGACGUGCACUUUAACCCGAAAAAUGAAUCACUCGGUGGAAAUCGGCGUCUGCAUUGUUUUCAUCGACGUUCGGGGUCAUGAGCUCUCCAACUGAAAUGACCUGUCAGAGGGGACAGUUAAGGCGGACGGCUCCCAUGCGUGGCGGCAGCCGAAACGAGCUGGUCCCCUCCAAGACCCCGCGGGUCAACGGUUGGACCUGGCCCCUUCAGCUGUUCCAAGUAAUCGCCUGGUUGGUGUACAACUACCUCGCUAUCGUCAGCUUUGGCAUCUUCAUCCCUCUCCUGCCGCUGCCUUGGAAGCAUGUGCUCUAUGCCCUUUCAGCUUUGGCCUUCAUUGUGCACUUGGCCAGCCAUGUUGCCGCAGUGACCAUAGAUCCAGCUGAUGCCAGCGUCAGGGCCAAAAAGUGUUAUGCUGGUCCUAUGCCUCUUUUUGACCGCACGGUGCAGCCUCAUGUCAUCCAGGACCUGCACUGUUACCUGUGUGAUGUCAGGGUUGGUCCCAGAGUGAAACACUGCAGCGUUUGCAACAAGUGUGUAGCAGAUUUUGAUCACCAUUGCAAAUGGCUGAAUAACUGUGUGGGGGGCAGAAACUACAGGUACUUCUUCAUCGCGGUGUCCUCUGCAACAGUCGGCGUGGCUUUGCUGGUCGCCGUGAUCUUGUUCAUAUUCAUCCAACACUAUCUAGAUCCAAACAUCCUACGGACCGCGCCACAAUUCCACGGUGUGCUGGGAAAUGAGACCUGGCUGGUGUUUUUACCAGCAGCCCCCAUAAAGACGAGUUCAGCCGGUCUCCUCAUCGUGGCCUUCGUAACGGUUAUGCUAAGCCUCACGUGCCUGCUACUACUGUGUCAUCUUCUCGGUUUCCAUUUCUACCUCUGUUGUAAAGGCUUAAGCACAUUUGAUUACAUAAAGCUGCAGCGCCAAAAAGAAGCCAGAAGGCGAGAGAUCGAAGUGGGAAAUCCGCACGGCGCACAAAUAAACAACAAUGUCCCGCAUAAUCCAAGGAGUUCUACUGGCUGUGAGCCAUCCUUAACUCACGGUUCAAGUAGUACCUGCAGGUCUAGUGACGAUAAAGGACCACUUAGCAGCCGACUGUCCGAGCCCAUCUGCACAGAGGUGAAUAACUUUAGGAAAACACCAAAAAUGGGAACUAGUUUCCACCAUGAAACACGGAAUUCUGCGGAGAAAGCAAGAGAAAGAGAGCUGAGCACUAUCAGAAGCUGGAAGCCUGAUGCCGGAGAAGACAUUCAGGGUGACACCGUGAAGUCUGUGGACAGCAUUCCGGAAGUGCAGGACCCUCUCGGAAGUUCAGCGAUGACUCGGGAUGACACGUAGCAGUCAUCUACGGUGCACCAGGAUAGGUUCAUGUUCUCAGGGACUAUUGUGAGUCACCAUGGAGCCUUUGCUGAUAAUGAUCACCAGUUUGAUACCAGCCAUGAAGCCAUUUUUCAUAUUUAUUUCAACUUUUCAUGUUGAAUUACAUCAACCAUCCAUUCUUGUAUUGUGUGUCUUGAAAGUCAGCUUCUGUUCCACUAAUGUUAGCCCAGUAGAUGUUUUUUGGCAUCUGGAGCUCUUUCAUUUAUUUUCCAAACAAAAAUCUGUUCCAAGUACAGGGUAGUGAGACAUAAAUCAUGUCGUUUUAUCUGCUGGCCAAGGCAACAACCUUGUAUGGUAAAACAUCCAUCCUCUUGAGAAGAAGAAGAAGGGUGGAACAUAUUCUAGUGUGAGAACAUCAGUUAUCUUAUCUUUGCUGAUUAAUUGUAUGACUCUCUUAUCAUUACAGAGUAAA